AUGGGUUUCAAGACAUUAAAUAAAACUUACUUGGAGAAUCUCGCAAAGAAUCCGUUAAUUACUAAAUCUGUAACUGCGGGAGUUGCAAAUGGAUUAAAUGAAGUGUUAGCAUCGAUUAUUUCUAAAGAUUAUUCGGGAUUGAAAGGAACUGAUAACAAGGUGAUAAAAAUGGUAAUUUAUGGUAGUUUGAUAUUAACUCCCCUUUCCCAUAACAUGUAUGCAGCUUUGAACAAAGUGUUUGGCAACAAAUUGUCAUUCAAGAUGAAGAUGUUGCAAAUCUUGGUUUCAGUAACUACCAUUACUCCAUUCAUAUCAGCUGUAUUUACCUGUUGGUUGGCUUUGAUCAACAAUUAUAACAUUAAAUCCUUGGUGGCUACCGAAGAUUUGAAGAUGGAGUUGAAAAAGAUGUUGAAAGUGAUGAAGGCUGGAUUAUUAGCUAAUUACCCUAGAAAUGUCAAAUCUUCCGUUAUUACCAAUAUAGGGUGUCUUUUAGUAGCCCAGAAUUACAUUCAACCUGAAUUAUGGGUGGUGUUCUUUACAUUUGUAUUCUUCCUUUUAGGAACUUAUCAGAACACUAAACAAAAGAUAGCUUCUCAGAAGAAAGCAAAAGAUCAAUAG